CAAUCACGCCAGCCCCUGCGUCAAAGGGCGGCUCCAAGGAUGGGGGGACUGCGGUAGAGCUGUUCCCGACUGCCGCACACCUUGCCCCGGCCUCCCACUGUGGCUAGCCUACCUAGCCACCAACCGCUGCUAGCAAUCUUUGUCCCACGCCAGGACCACCAUCCAGAACCACCGGUGACCCCUGACAACGGCUCCAAGCCACUGGUAACCCCUAACAACCACCGCCAGUUAUCUGCGACACCUUACAAUCCCUGCUAGCCACCCGGGGGCCCGGGGCGCACCAUGAUGAAGUCUGCCUCAAGUUCCCGCGGCGGUGGGUCCGGUGGGCGUGGUGGUGGCGGCUGGGGUGGUGGCUGGGGCGGGGGUCGAGGCGGAGGAGGCAAAGGAGGAGGAGGGGAUGGCGGCCCCGGAGGCAAAGGCGGCUUCGGGGCGCGGUCGCGUGGCUUCGGGGGCGGAGGCCGGGGGCGGGGUCGCGGAGGCGGGGACAGCAGGGACCGUGGUGGCAGCGGGCAGCGGCGUGGCGGCGUGGCCAGGAGCAAAAACCGCCGGCGGAAGGGCGCCAAUGCCGUGACGGUGGAGCCACACAGGCAUGAGGGUGUCUUCAUCUACCGCGGAGCGGAGGACGCGCUGGUAACGCUGAAUAUGGUGCCGGGCCACUCGGUGUACGGCGAACGGCGCAUCACAGUGACUGAGGGCGGCGUGAAGCAGGAAUACCGCACAUGGAACCCCUUCCGCUCCAAGCUGGCAGCCGCAAUCCUGGGCGGGGUCGACCAGAUCCACAUCAAGCCCAAGUCCAAAGUGCUGUACCUGGGUGCUGCCUCGGGGACCACGGUGUCUCACGUCUCUGACAUCAUCGGCCCCGAUGGCCUUGUGUAUGCGGUUGAGUUCUCCCACCGCGCUGGCCGCGAUCUGGUUAAUGUGGCCAAGCAGCGAACCAACAUCAUCCCAGUUCUCGAAGAUGCCCGGCACCCACUCAAGUACCGCAUGCUCAUAGGAAUGGUGGAUGUGAUCUUUGCCGAUGUGGCCCAGCCUGACCAGUCCCGCAUAGUGGCUCUGAAUGCCCACACCUUCCUGCGCAACGGGGGCCACUUCCUUAUUUCCAUUAAGGCCAAUUGCAUCGACUCCACUGCAUCUGCUGAGGCGGUGUUUGCUUCAGAGGUGAGGAAGUUGCAGCAGGAGAACUUAAAGCCUCAAGAGCAACUGACCCUGGAGCCCUAUGAGAGGGACCACGCUGUAGUCGUCGGGGUCUACCGGCCCCUUCCCAAGGGCAGCAGCAAGUAGCACUCAGCAAGGGCUGUCCUUGAGAUCUCCCCAAGACUGUGCCGUGUUCAGUAUAACCAUAUAUGUGUUUUCUUUGUGUGUUGUUUUUCUUUCUUCUAUUAAAUGGUCUAAAGAAACAGUA